UUUGUUUCCCGCCCCCAAGGAAGAAUAUAACAAUCUGAUUGGCUGGCUUUAUGUACUGCGCUGUCAGUUUGGAAUCCGAUUGGCUGAGACGCUGUCCAGCAAACUGAGAUCCAAUAGAACAAGAGAAAGAGGCCGCCCGAACGCACAAGUGUCUGCGUGAUUGGUUGAAUGUGUUUAAUGGCCGGAAUUGUUCUGGAAAGCUGAAAACAGAUGUGGUCCAUGUCAAGUACUGUGAGGUAAAACAUCAGCAAGAGACUAUGGAUGAGUCUUCUCUGACGGUAGUAGAGAAAUUAUUCACGUUUGAGGACUGUGGAGGCUCUCAGUCCUUAACUGUGUCUAUUCCUGAGGUUCUUGAUCCACACUAUGGGAUGUAUGUUUGGCCCUGUGCUGUGGUCCUGUCUCAGUAUGUGUGGAAGACGAGGAGUGAACUACAACACAAGACUGUUCUUGAGAUUGCCCCGCAGCACAUCAGGAGGGUGAUGAAGAGUGUCUGUGAGUUGCAGCUCGGGGCUGGAGUGAGUUUGCCUGGUGUGGUGGCUGCCAAGUGUGGAGCGCGUGUGAUUUUGUCAGACAGUGCGGAGCUGCCCCUCUGCCUGAGGAACUGCAGGCGCUCCUGUGACGCCAACCACCUCCCCGACGUACCUGUGAUCGGACUCACCUGGGGACAGGUGUCCCCAGAGCUCCUCUCGCUGCCACCGGUGGAUGUUAUCUUGGGAUCAGAUGUAUUCUAUGAACCUGAAGAUUUUGAAGAUGUGCUUGUGACCGUCUCCUUUAUUGUGAGGAGAAACCCUCAUGCCCAGCUCUGGACUACCUACCAGGAGAGAAGUGCGGACUGGUCCAUAGAUGCCUUGUUGCUUAAGUGGGAUCUGAAGUGCGUUAAUGUUCCAUUAGAAACGUUUGAUGCAAACAAAACCCGUCUCGCUGGAUCAAUGCUACCAGGGAACCACACUGUACAAAUGAUGAUUAUAUCAAAACGAGAGCUUUAAUAUGUGUGUGUGUGAAUUUUAUAAACUUGUAUAUAAUAUGAAAA